AUGCCUUUGCGUGUCGGCUACGUCCGCGAGCACUUCUCGUCGCCCCUUCUCCAGUUCGCAGAGGCGGACGGCGGGAAGACCUUCACUUUGGUAGAGUGCCCCAGCGGGACCGGUCAAUUGAUCGGCCGGCUCGAAAAAGACGAGAUCGACGUCGCCAUCGCUCUUACCGAUCCGUUGAUCUCUGGGAUCGCGAAGGGAUCCACGGCCUACAAGCUCGUCGGGAGCUAUGUCACCACCCCUCUCAACUGGGCCGUCAUCACGGGCACGAACUCCAAGUACAACUCGAUCUCGGACCUGAAGGACACCACCAUCGGCAUCUCGCGCUACGGCAGCGGGAGCCAGACGAUGGCGUACGUUAUGGCGCUGCAGCAAGGCUGGCCGACCGCGGAUCUGAAGUUCCAAGUGAACAACGACAUCCGGGGGCUCAUCGACUCCGUCGACGCCGGCUCGACGAGUGCGUUCAUGUGGGAGUGGUUCACGACCAAGCCCUUCGCCGACGCCGGCGAGUGCCGCUUCAUCGGCUCCGUCCCGACGCCCUGGCCCUCCUGGCUCAUCGCCGCGCACCCGACGCGCGCCCCCGCCCCCGCGCUCGCGCCGUUCCUCUCCGCGCUCUCCGCGCACGUCCGCGCGUUCGACGCGCCCGACGCGCGCGCCGCCGCGGACGUCGCGUUCAUCGCGGGCAGGUUCGGGUACCCCGAGGCGGACAUCAAGGCGUGGCUCGAGACGGUCGGGUACCCCGCGAACUGCGCGGAGAUCCCCAGGAAGGUCAUCACGGACACCGUCGACAUACUCGUCAAGGCGGGCUUCAUCCCCGACGUCGAAGGCGGCUACACCGCCGAGCAGUUCGUCGGCACCGAGACCACCGCGCUCAUCUGA